AUGUAUGUUGCAGAGGUAUUAGUAUCUUUGCUAACUGCUACUUUUGCAGAAUUACCAGUCUCUGUAAUGCAUAAAACAAAUUGGAGAGAAGUUGAAGGUCCUUCGAGUAAGGCUCAUAAACAGUUUCAUGAAAAUAAACGAGCUUUUAUGUUAUGCAUGAAAAUCA